AUGAAGUGCAUAGCAAAGAUUCAGAGCGACAUGUCAAUCGACUGGCCGAGCUUUCAUGUCUGUCAAUUCUCAUCAGCAGUUGCAUCAAGCGGAUAUACCAUCUGGCUCUUCAUUGCAAGUGAUGUCCAGACCAUUCUCCUCCCAAGCACCAUCUUUGGCAUUACCAACGCUCUUGCCACUCUGGACUUCCGUGAUGUACAGUCUCAGCCUCCCGCAUACCUAAAUACGGUCUAUCGAAUACCUCUGAUCAUUGGCUGGGUCGGGAUCAAUCUUCUUCCCCUGACGAUGAACAACCAGCGCAGUCCUUCGUCCAUCGCCGAAGACAGCCUCAAUAAGCCCUGGCGGCCGCUUCCAAGCAAGCGUCUCUCUGGAUCCCAGGCAAAACGCCUGAUGUUCGGCUUCUACGCCCUUGCGGUGGUUUACAGCCUUUUUUACAGCGGCGGACACCGACAAUGUCUCGGUCUCAUCAUCCUAAGCACCUGCUACAACAGCUUCGGGGCGGGUGAUCACAACCCUGUGAUCCGAAAUAUCAUCAACGCGUUGGGAUACUUCUGUUUCAACUCGGGGGCUGUAGAGGUAGCGGUUGGUUCUGGGUCUGCUGUAUUUACAGAGUCCCCCGAAGCCAGACAGUACUCGCUGAGACUCUGGAUCAUGGUCAUCACGGCGAUUAUCCUGACGACCAUGCACGUGCAGGACAUGUGCGAUCAGGAAGGCGACGCGAAGAGGGGCCGUCGAACGCUUCCCCUCGUGAUUGGGGAUGCUGCGGCGCGAUGGAGCAUUGCACUUCCGAUGCCUGUUUGGGGGUCAUAUGUCCGGUUCUGGCGGGAUCUGGUCCCCUUGCUACUGGCCUCAGCGUCGUGUUGGCAUCUGCUGUCGCUAUUAGGAUGCUCAUGUGGCGGGAUACAGCCAAUGAUCGGAUGA